CUCUUGGUUUGUCGUUUAUAACUUCAGCGUGAAUAUACUUUGAAACAAUAAUGGUGCGUUUGGUCCGGUAAUGGAGUGAUUCCAUUCUAGUGUCCACCUGUGGGACUCAAUGAAAUGUUCUGGAUGGGUUGAAAGCAAAGUGAGCCGGUCUCAUUUGGAGACAAAUAACGGGACGCGUCGCCACCACAGGGCAGCUAACCGGCUAGCUAACUCGCGCUAAGUUGUUAUGGAGACUUUUUCCAAAUACUCUUGGAUCGAUUUCGUCUUUUCCGUCAUCGGAGUGUGUACUUUCUUGGCGGACUGGGGCUCCGACUUGUGGGUCGCUGUGGAGUUUUACUGCCACGGUGACUUUUUGUGGUUCGGCGCACUGGUCGCCCUCAUGAUCCUGUCGUCCUCCGUGCUCCAAAUGUUCAGCUGGUUCUGGUUGAAGUAUGACCGCCACCUUCCCGGGUUCCGAAGCGAGAUCGGAGCCGAAGCUGUGCUCUUCGUGGACAAAGUUAAACUGAGCUGCCUGUUGCAUGUGCUGCAGCUGGGUUUCCUUUGCAGGCACAUCUCGGCCAUCCGACAAGGCUUCCGGGUAUGGUGGCGGAAAGAGGAAGGCUCCGAGUACGCCGUCUACCUGACCCACGACCUCAGCAUGCUGCGGCUCAUCGAGACGUUCUGCGAGAGCGCUCCUCAGCUCACGCUCAUGAUCUAUGUGGUGCUGCGCACCAACAAAGCCAGGACCGUCCAGUUCGUCAGCAUUGUGGCAUCAACCACGUCCAUAGCCUGGAUGGUGGUGGAUUACCACCGUUGCUUGCGCGCCUUCCUGCCAGACAAGGCCAAGCAGGGCUGGGGUUCGUCUUUGGUCUACUUCCUGUGGAACCUGCUGCUCAUCUCCCCACGCGUCGCUGUCCUCGCCCUCUUCGCUUCUGUCCUGCCCCCCUACAUUGCCGCCCACUUCCUGAUGGUUUGGUCUUGCUUUGUUGUAUGGGCUUGGCGACAGAGGACCGACUUUAUGGACAGCGUCGGUGGGGAAUGGCUCUACCGGGCCACCGUGGGGCUCAUUUGGUACUUCAGCUGGUUUAACGUAGCCGAGGGUCGGACUCGAAGCAGGAGCAUCAUCUACCAUACCUUCAUCACGACCGACGGGGGGAUCCUGCUAGCCACUUGGUGGUGCUACCGCGACCCCGUGACCUCCCAGCCAUACGCAGUGGCGCUGCUCAUCACUCUACCUCUUACCUACUUGCUGGGACUGCUCUUUAAAUGCAUCUACUACUGUUGCUUCCACCCUAAGCUGUGGAGGCCCCCGCUGAGGGAACCAGGACUGCCUGACGACUUGCCCGAUGCAGAAGUGUCCUUCAGAGAAUUUCCCAUCCAGGACGGAGGAGUGCCGCACUGUUUUAACACCGUCGAUCUGUCAUUCUGUUCAAGCAUGCCGGCGUUGUGGAGAUCACGUCCUGCAGCUGCAUUACAAAGACCCAAAACCCAGUAGACGCUGCGGUGGUGUUCGUGACUCACGACCUCAGCAUGCUACGGCUCUUCGAGGCUUUUUCAGAGAGU